AUGGCCACAAAACUACCAUCUCAAGAGGAAUUUGAGAACUGGACAACUUUUCAAGUUGCAGAUCUCCUAAGACAGUUUGGAAUGCCUGAAUCUGCUGUGAUUGUAGAAAAACUGCGCAUGAACGGAUCUCACUUCUUGAAUAUAUCAGACUAUGAGCUGAACCGAUUCAAAAUAAUGCACCAGCCGAAGCUUCAAAAGAUGGUGCAUGAUAUCAAGAAAAAUGAAAGUGGAAUAAUAAACAAGUUCAAAAAGUUCCAAAAUGAACAAGUGGCCUUAAUUUGCAAAACUGGGAAAGAUACUUGGGAUCGCCUUAAAAAAAAGCCACCACCAAGUCUACCACAAAGGGAUUAUGCUUCAGAGCAUGCAGACAAUGAAGAGGAACAGUGGUCAGAUGAUUUUGACAGUGAUUAUGAAAAUCCAGAUGACCACUCUGACUCUGAGAUGUACGUGGUGCCCAGUGAAGAGAAUCCUGAUGACAGCUAUGAGCCACCUCCAAGUGAGAAGGAGAAAAAGAAGAUUCCCUCUGCUUUCCCUAUUUCUAGGGGUGAAUAUGCAGACAAUCGCACCAGUCACCAGCAGCUUCCUCCCAUCAACAAACCUCUUCCAAGUACACCCAGUCCAGCCAUGUCCAGACCAAAGAAACCAUGUGUGCCGUCCCUGCCACUGCCAUCUCCUGCUGCAAAACCAAAAGUACCACCAAAGCCUAAGGAGUGUAGUGAUGAUGAGGAUAAUUACAUUGUGCCAGUGGACAAUGAUGACGAUAACUAUAUUGAACCCACAGAAAGCAGCAUGUCACUACCUACAAAAUCUCCUGGGAACAGAUUUAUGAAGACAACAAAGCCAGGCCCCCCUACUUCUCCAAAGCCUUCUCUUGCUUCUGAUAUGCAAGAAGUCUACGAGGUUCCUGAAGAAGAGGAAAAACCAUCACCACCACCAGUAACCAGGUUCACUAAGCCACUUCUGCCUAUGCCUGCUCAGAAUACAGAGCACUCCCACAUGCACAGUAUGACCAGAGAGCCACCGAAACAGGAGAUGUGCAGAAAUAUUUUGCCUCUUCCCAGAAGUCGUUUUCAUCCAAAAACAGACCAUGAAGCAAACAGUAAUGAUGAAAGUCAGAGAUUCAAUAACACACAAGAAUCCAGAUUUCCCACUGGAGCAGCUCCAUCUCCGUUACCAAGGGGCCUCAAGAAAACUUCUCAUGUGAUAAAUUCACCAAAACCAUGUUUACCUUCCAGAGAGAUCUUAACUGCAAAUGAAGAAAAACCUACAGCAGCAGAACGACGACGAAGUUCCAACCAAGAGCUUCCACUUCCACCCCUUCCAAGUGGUGCACAAAAGCCUCUGCUCCAAAAGUUCUCAGUUCUGCCAAAAGUGCCAGAAGCUGCAAACCGUUCUCUGGGCACUUCCCCUCAAAGCAGCACUUCAUCUAUUGCAACUUCUGCAGAUCAGGAUGCUGGUGUUCACAGUAAAGCAUGGUAUGCUGCUACCUGUGAUAGGAAAAUGGCAGAAGAUGCAUUGUACCGAUCAAACAGGGAUGGAUCUUUUCUAAUAAGAAAAAGUUCUGGACAGGACUCACAGCAACCAUACACACUGGUUGUGUUUUACAACAGAAGAGUAUACAACAUUCCUAUACGAUUUAUUGAAUCAACAAGACAAUAUGCACUGGGCAGAGAAAAAAGCGGUGAAGAGCGCUUUGACAGUGUUGCUGAAAUAGUAGAGAAUCAUCAGCGCACCUCCCUGGUUCUAAUUGACAGCCAAAACAACACCAAAGACUCAACAAAACUGAAACACAUUGUAAGAGUUUCUUAAUUAAACUGAACUGCUAAAAUGAAG